AAAGCCCUGGGCUAGCCGGUGGCCAUGAAAGCGACAUAGGUGUCUGCCAAUCAACUUCCUCCAGUUCCCACACACCUGCUGCCAUUUGCUGAGCAGCAAGCUAGGUAGGUAGCCAAGAAGAAAGAAUGGCGUCGCCGCGCCUGAAGAGAGAGAAGUCCUUUGACUUCGAGCAGCCCAGCGGCCAAGAAGCCAUGGGAUCCGCCUCAGCGUCCUACAGCCCUCCCGGAGGCGUCUUUGGCCUCUCCCCGCCUGACUCCUCGCUGCCAGGCGAUGGCCGGAAGAGAAGGAAGGAUAGACCGUCAUGGGUCAAACAUACAUUAACACCUCAUUUUGAUGGUCACUUAUGGCGAAAGUAUGGCCAAAAGAACAUUAAGGACGCUGAGUACCCUAGGCUCUAUUUCAGAUGUUCUUACCGUGAAGAUAAGAAAUGCCUGGCCUCGAAGCUGGUGCAACAAGAGAACGACGACGACCCGCCACUGUUCACGGUGACCUACACGUACGAGCACACGUGCGGCGCAGCGCCCGUCCCGACUCCCGACAUCGUGGCGGAGCCGCCGGCAGCAAGGGAAGGAUUGGUGCUCAGGUUCGAUUCCCCGGCCGGCGGCCACCCCAAUGCGCAGAUGCAGCAACAGGGGCCGUACCAGUCUACGUCUUGGGGUCCGUUCAUGAUACUGAGCUUUGGUUCGAGUAGCCAGACGCACGAUCAGUUGCCUGUCUUCCCUUCCGAUCAAGGGGCCGGAGCAUCGUUGUCUUUUACGACGGAGGCGUUGCCGGCGCCGCCGUCGACAAACGGUGACAUGUUCUCGACGUGGGACUCGUUCAGAUAUGAUUUGGACGACCAUAUGCCCUUCGGCGAUCACGUGCAUUUUCCUUAUAACAGUAAUGACGAUGAUGAUAAUUACUGAUCGCGAGCCACGAUUCAUAAUUACAUGUGACAUUCUAUUGAUCUGAAAGUAUAUUUUUGUGGGGGACUGAGAUGGAUGUCUACUUGCUCACGGGAGCAUGGGAAUUAAUACAUUUUUCUCUCCUAAUCCAAGGGGGUUGUGCCUGUUGGAAUAUCAACAUAGCCCGGCAACAGGCGGGAUGCUACACUCUGCGUGAACAGUACUCCCGGGAUGAGGAUGCUACCCGACUGAGCUGAUUGCUGUAGUCAGUGCCUAAUCAUGUUUAUCCAAAGAAGCCAUCUGAGCUGAAGGUGCAAUUCUUUUCUUUUGGAGAUGGCUGUAGGUGCAGUUAGUUGUGCAUGGUUUGUAUCAUCAUUUUCUGAUUAAAACUGGAAACGAUUGCGCAUUA